ACUGCCAGCGUCCACUCUGUCCAUCGCCAUGCGGCCUCGCCUUCCUUCCGUCGGCUAUAGCAUGCCCAGUCUUGCAGGGGUGCAGUCGUUUCUUGUGCAGUGGCUUGUUUGAAGAGGUAACAAACACGGCUCUGCAAGCCCCCCAGCCCGGUGAACGAACGGUCGCAGAAUACCGAGUAGGAUUCGCCGCGCAGCACGCUGGAGCCGCCAGAGGCUUCCGGGCGUUCAGGCCCUCCUACACAGUCAACGGUGUGAAGCAUGCCUUCUCACAACCAUCCCGGCGUGCCUCCUCCGCCAGCGAACGCGUUCCCAUACGGGCAGCCCAUCACUCCUGGCCGUGCUGCUGCCGUGCGACCGGGCAUCAUCACACAAGGCACUACUUUUGUGCAGACUCAUGGCAAUCUGCAGACUCCGGCGAGCGCGACCUCUUUAAGCCCCUUCUCCCCGUUCGCGCACCAUUCGUCCUCGCCGUAUGCACCCUCGCCCGUAGCGAGCUCGCCAAUGGCUACCCCGUACAAUCCACAGCAAUGGAGAGGGAACGGGCGAUCGGGUGUGCAGCAUGCGCCCCAGCAGACGCAGAUGGCCAUCAACCCAGUACGGGCCCAGGACUUGUCAGGCCACGAAGGCGCAAUGCCCUCCCCGCCGCCGCCGUACACGCCUGCGCACGCUCAGAACCAGACCAUGUCGCAAGCACUGAGCUCGUCGCCGGGACAUGCCUUCUCCCAAAACCACCCUCCUCCACCGCCUACACCGCAGACCGGCACGCCCUCGUCUGCGCGCGCAGCUCGAAGCUUCCACAACCUUCCUGUCCCGAUAGCCAUACCCUCUGGCUCUGCUGCCGCGCCAAUGAACACCCAGUUCGCACCACCACCUGUGGCGUCUGGCAGAGAGCGGUCGUCUUCUCGUGGGCUGUCGACUAAAUUCAGCUUGUCCAACUUCCGUAACAGGAAUAACGACCACAGUCCUGCGCCAAGUGCUAUCGAGUCACUACAUAUGAGCACGCAUGACGUGCUCCAGCGAGGCGAUCCUGGAUCUUCUUCGCAGCGCAGCUUCGCUCAAUAUACUCCCAGUCCUCUGGAUCGACGACAUGUCCCGGAUACCGAUUCACCCAUCAGGCCACCGAAUUCGAGAAGAGCUGCAUCCGCUGGCAUCCUUGGCCAUGGCACCGAAACUCGAACGCCUGUCAGUGAGACACCCCCAAAUCUUCUGUCAAGUUGGGGCCCUGGCAUGCCGCUGCCGCCUCCGCCGCCCGGUCCUCCGCCGCCCGGUCCUCCACCGAGCAAUUCGAGAUCGCAAAGUGUUGGACCUGGCUAUGACUCGGGCCGCUCGUCAGGCUAUCCUUCUGCCCCUCCGACGCGUAGACCCGGACAAACCACUCUAGGACCUAUUCCACCAACACCGAUGGGCUGGGAAGACGAACCCACGCAGACCUCAGCACCACCGGCUUCACCCCCAGUAAGAUCACCAGCCGCUCACGGCCUGCAUGUCGACACGAGCCCACAGACUAGUCGCCAUGGCGAGUAUGUCGCACCACCUCCAGAGACGGAGAGCGAGUCGACAGUCUCUGGUCCAUCAAUGACAUCACACUCGGGAUCGGGCAGCACGAUCUCAAGACCUAGACGCGAGGGCAGUGCUCGCGGCAGUAUUCGUGAACGCAGGGAGGAGAGUCGUGCUGCACGUGAGCGACGCAUCGAGCCAAACAAUAACCCAUGGGCCCACGACCUCGAGGUGUCCACAUCAAAAGCGAAUUUCGAACUUCCCUCGCCUGCUGAAAGUGGCCUGGCACGACGUGGUGCAGUCACAAGGCAUACACCACGAAGCGCUGGAGCACUUCGAUCACCGAGAAGUGCACAUUUGUACGAUGAUCCGGGGUCUGCCAAUUCGACACCGCGAGUCAUCACAGGCCCACGAGCUGUGUCUGGCGCUGCCCCCACGCCACCCUUCUCGCCAGGUACGGAUCAUCGUUCUCAGAAAGUCCCCGCAGUGUUCCCUGCCAAAGCUCUUCCUACACCUCCUCCGCAUUCUGCCGAGGAUGAGAGAGGUCUGACAACUCCAUUAGGGGUCGCAAACCGCUCCGUGUCGCAGGCGUCGCUGCGCUCUGUUUUCACACCACAUGAUGCAUCACUCACUACGCCGAGACCGACGGAUCGAGAUGCGUUCGCUCAAGCGUCGAUCGAGCGGCAUCGAGCCUUUAUCGAGAAAGAGAUGCACGCUGAGAACGACGAAGAACGCCUAGAGCUCUUUGCUGAGUUUAUGGUCGCCGAAUCUAGGGUUCGCCGAGAUCGGUACUCGAUUGCCUUCGACGCUAUGGCAGGCGAUGUUGUGGAUUUGACUAGGGAUUUGUGGCGGUCGAACAAGUUAUCUGGACGAAGGGCUAUGACUCCAAGUGCCCAAGUCACUCCUUCGUAUCCAAGCAAGCGCUCUGGGUCCGUUGCAGGCGAAUCGACUGACACAAGACCUUCCGAUUCCAUGCCUACAACAGCGGCGAGCCCUGGAUCCUCUCGAGGCCGAUUCACACCACACACUGAGCCGGCCUCGCCCGCCAGCGCGUCAAGCCAACGCGCUCGUGAUGCUCCUUGGAGCAAUAACUACCACCCUUCGCUAUCGCCGAUUCCCAGCAUGGCCAUGAGCACGGUUCCAGAUGAGGAAGACUCGAGAGGCCGUUCGGCUAGCCGGUGGUGGGAGAGCGACGAUGGCUCGCAGGGUGUCGGUGGUAGGCGGCUGGAGCGAAGCAAGAGAGAAUCGAAGUACAUGGGUCUGGUGAUGGAGACGCAGGAGAGCUUCCACCCCGAUGGGCAGAAUCAAUCUACAUCCAAGCACUACCGGGCGAGUUCCAGCAACAGACCAGCACCUUAUGGCCCAGACGAGUAUCCACUUGAAAAGGGUGGAAUUCACGAAGGGAAAGGGAAACAGCCGGCCUCAUACGACUACUUCCCGACUUCAACACCACCAGCAAUCGACCCGCAUAAGCUCGAUGUGUCUAGGCUUGUGACACUUCCGCCAUCUCAUCCGCGUCACCACCCUGCCGUCAACAACAACCACCCUGAUCUGGCCUCUAUUCGCAGCAGCCUUCGAACUUUGACGGAUCUGGCCGAGGUAAAGACCACCAAAUCUGCAUUCGCGACGAAGAUAGAAGCGCGUAAGGAGUCGGAGAAUGCAUCACUAAAUGAUCGACGGGCGCAGAUUCGGUACAAUAUCCAAGAGAAUCUCCGAAAUGGCCAGAUGGAUUUCCAGGAUGCAGCGAAAGCUGACGCGGAGUUUGAAGCUCGGGAGCACCAGCGGGCGCAGGAUGUAGUUCAGAACAUAUUCGAUACCUUCCAGGCCGAGGUCGCGAACACCCUACAUGCUGUAUUUUGCGAGCGUGUAACCAAGGUCACGGCGUCUAUCGAACAGUUGAAGGGUCGUUUGUCGACUGAGGCGCAAGAGUUGAACCCCAAUCGGACCCAAGAGGAAGGGGACGAAAAGCCUGAACUGCUGGAAAUGCUCACGCUAUUGAAGUGGCUGUUUGAGCUCCGUGAGCAGCUUCACAAGGAGCUCUUCGAGCUGGAGAACGAGCGCAACGAUCUGUAUCGAGACAUCAUCGUAUUGCCCUAUUUCCAGGCCAAGAACGACCAGAAGGUCAAGGAAGCAACCGACUUUUUCCGCCGCGACGCACAGGACCGUAAAGUCGCAUUCGAGAAAGAGAUCCUGAAGCGCUACGAAGACUUCCUCGAAGUCAUUGAGCGCAACGUUACACGCGGCGUCGAGACACAGCUCUCAGCCUUCUGGGACAUCGCGCCCGGCCUGUUGGCAAUCGUGCAGAAAGUGCCGGACCAGCUUGACGGUUUUGGCAUCCUGAUCCCGGCCCAGGAGUACAGCGAGAACCCGACAUACCACAACUUCCCGCUGCAGUACCUCUACACUCUUCUCGCGCACGCCGGGCGCUCGACGUAUCAAUUGAUCGAGUCACAAAUCAACCUACUAUGUCUGCUACACGAGGUCAAAACCGCAGUCAUGACAGCUGGCUCGCGCCUCCUCGAGACGCAGAGACUACUGGAAGGGGAAGACCUUGCUAGCGUGGACGGCGAGAUGAGAGCUAUUCGUGCCGACGAAGAGCAGCGCCUGACGGAUGACUUGAAGGAGAAGGUCGGGCUUGUCGAAAGUCAAUGGAAUGAAGCUCUGGGGCAGGGUUUGAAGGAGUGCAAGACAAAAGUUGAGAAGUUCCUUACUGAGCAAGGGAGCUGGGACGAUAGUUUGAGUGAGUAGUGGGGCAGGCACGUUCGUUUGGUUCUUUGUUGGAUUUGUGCACAGAUACCCAUCUUUUGUGGUCGUUUGUAGAUAUGUUGGAAUGGUGUGUUGGAAUGAUGUCGCAGUAUUCGCGUGUUUGUUGUGAGUGUCACAUGCAAAUAUCACCUUUGGGCAUUCACGCCACCAUGUGCAGACCUUUUGGC